AUGGGCCUAGGCCGCAAAGACAGGUGCUCCACGACCAUGCGCAAGUUGCCCUGUCUGCAGGACAAAGACCCGGACAUGCAGGACCUCCUGAAGGAGCUGCAGGCCCAAUCGCAGGUGGCUGGCUGGGGCCUGAUAGCGCUGGCUGUCAUUGGCCUUAUGGUUGGUACAUCUAUUCAUUAUUGCAGAUCUCCAGUUAGUUUUAUGCAGCUGAAAUUUUGGAAAAUCUCUAUGAAGCAGGAGUGUGAGAAGUUUACAAGAGAAGCCACAAGUAAUGCAGCUAAAUUGGCAGAGAUGAAUAUUAAAUGUUUCUUUGAGCACUCACUUCCAAAAUACAAGAACAUUCCAAACUGUCAAGACUGGCAGCAGAUUUCACCACUAUAUACUUGGAAUUUACAUGAACAAUAUUAUAGCAUGUUGCACAAAUAUGUUUGCCUAGGAAUGAGUAACAGGCCCUUUUCUGAAGGAAAUGAAGUGACUGCUACUACUUUAGGCUUUGUAGAUGCUGUGUGA